GUUGGGAUUCAGGUUUUGCUGUGUGUCUGUAUUCUGUGUCCGUGCUUUCCAGAAGAUGAAGCUUGGUGGGAAUUAUUCUUUUGAGACCUAGCAAGAUCCCUGGUCCCCAAAGGGAAGGGAGUCUCCUGCUGCCAGGGAUCUCUGCACAGCACUCCUGCCUUUUCAUAAAGGCAGGAAUGUUACAUAUUCAUACGGACAAGUUAUGGUUGCUGUGGGAACUGAGUUGGCUGAGCACUGUGUCUUGAUCCUCUCCUCCCUAUGUUAGAGAUGUCCAAAACAAGCCAUCAAAAAACUGUCUGGGAAGAAUUGAUGCAGUGGAAUACCAUGCUGGAGAUGCAGUGUGAUGCUGUCAGAGGAAUAGAUGCUGUUACAGGUGCUUGGUAGUAAUGUGACUGAAUUGGCACUACAGCUUGUACUAGUACUACUAGGAGUAGGAAACACCCUGGUGGAUGCUAUCCUGGCGGAGUGCUGUGGAGGAGGCUGCAGCUGGGAGGGGGGAAGGUGACAUGUUGCCAGCAGGUUAUGGUUUUAAAUGCUCUGAUCCUGCCUGUGGUGCCUCAGUCCCCUCCCUGAGUUCAGGGCGUGCUGAUGCUCCCAAAGUGCCAUGGGGUGGAGGCAAGGGUCCUGCCUCUGGCAGCAGUGGCCUGUGUCACACGUAGGCUACCCAGCUGCCACCAGCCUUUGCCAGGGCUUUGCUCAUGGGCAUCUGAGUGGCAUGGGCUGUGGAAAAGGAGGCCAGGAACGCUGUCUGGGAUGUCUGGGGCUGCACGUGAGGGAUGAUGUGACAGACUGGAGCGACUGCGGAAGAGCCGGGAGCGGUGUGUGGAGUGAGGUGUACAUCUGAUGGCACAGUGGGAGUCUGUGGGGGCAGGGGGAGGAGGAGGAGACAGCUGCUGCUGCUUGGGAGUUGGCUUAUAAAUGCCCUCUGACUCAGAUUUCGGGUAGCACAGCUGAGCAUCUUGUGGUUUCACCAGCCCCCAGAUCCCUGCGUUAAACUGGAAUUCUCAGACUAUGAACCUGCUGCGUUUCCUUAGGCUGUUGGCACGGCCUUAAACCAAGGCGAGAAUCCGCAUCUCCAGUACUGUAGGCUUGUGAACACCCUGCAAGGGAGGGGAGGGCUGGGAAAGGGGGGACCAGGCCGGCGAAAGGUAAACAGGCCAUGAAAAAUUCCUGGUGUGAAAUGGGUCUGCUUGGUCCUCUUCCUCCUGUACCAGUGGGAUGUGCCUGCUUGGGCUGGAGCAGGGCUGAUGGGCUGCUCUCUGGGUAGUGGGGGUUGAAGGUUAUCCUUGUUACUCAGGGGUAAACAAUGCCGAGUCAGUGAGGCACAGUGGCCAGGCUCAACCAAACAGAUUAUGCCAGCAGAAUUGCGAAGCUUUGCAUCGGCUCUGAAUCGGAGCCAGCAGCUGGAAGCUGGCCAGGACUAAAGUGUUUUUGGGUUUUGUGGGUGGAGGGAGGCGGGGACAGGAGAGCUGGGUAGCACUAAAACUAACUGUGCUCUGUCGCUGCUGCUCUCGUCGUUGCUGGGGGGACUGCUGCCUCCAGCCUGGUGUCUGCUGUGCCGACGAGCCCUGCUUUGUGCUGCCUGCCUCCCUGGUUUACUGGAACUGCUCCUCUUUCCUCCUGCUACCGUCUUGUCUGUCAGGGGAAAUCUUUUCCUUUCUUCUUACCUUUAUUUUGUAAGAGCUGAUGCAGUUCUCUUGCAUGGCAGAGUGACGUCACUGUCAGCACAACAUCCAGGAGUCUGAAGAAGCAGUGGCAAGCAGGAUGCUCUUCCCUACGUCCACGCAAGAGUCUUCCCGUGGCCUCCCAGACACCAACGAUCUGUGCCUUGGCCUGCAGUCUCUCAACCUGACAGGGUGGGACAGACCCUGGAGCACCCAGGACUCUGACACUGCAGCACAAACCAGCACACAGUCCGUUCUCAGCAUGCUGAGUAACCCUCUUGGAAACGUCCUGGGGAAGCCCCCGCUGGGUUUUCUGCCUUUAGACCCCAUUGGUUCAGACCUGCCAGAAAAGUUUUCCACACCGUCGCUGAGGAACUCCCGCUCCCUCCUGGACUCCCGCUCCAGCAGCCCCUCGGACUCGGACACCAGUGGGUUCAGCUCUGGUUCUGACCACCUCUCAGACUUGAUUUCAAGCCUUCGCAUCUCCCCUCCUCUGCCCUUCUUGCCUCUCAGUGGGGUGUCAAGAGACCCCUUGAAGAUGGGAGUGGGAUCCCAGCUGGAUCAAGAUCAAGCUGCCCUGGCUGCAGUAACUUCCUCCCCAGCCAGUGCAUCGAAAAGAUGGCCUGGAGCAUCUGCGUGGCCUUCCUGGGAUCUUCUGGACUCUCCGGAAGACCCCUUCAGUAUUGAGAGAGAAGCCCGGCUUCAUCGGCAGGCAGCAGCUGUGAAUGAAGCAACCUGCACCUGGAGUGGGCAGCUGCCUCCCCGAAACUACAAGAACCCCGUCUACUCCUGCAAAGUGUUCCUGGGAGGAGUCCCAUGGGACAUUACAGAAGCUGGGCUGAUCAACACUUUCCGUGUUUUUGGCUCCCUGAGUGUGGAGUGGCCUGGUAAGGAUGGCAAACACCCACGCUGUCCUCCCAAAGGUAAUAUGCCUAAAGGCUAUGUCUACCUGGUGUUUGAGUCGGAGAAGUCGGUGCGUGCGCUGCUCCAGGCCUGCUCCCAGGACCUGCUGAGCCCCGACGGGCUCAGUGAGUACUACUUCAAGAUGUCCAGCCGCAGGAUGCGCUGCAAAGAGGUGCAGGUGAUCCCAUGGGUGCUGGCCGACAGCAACUUCGUGCGCAGCCCCUCGCAGCGGCUGGACCCCAGCAAGACGGUGUUUGUGGGGGCCCUGCACGGCAUGCUCAACGCUGAGGCCCUGGCAGCCGUCAUGUACGACCUCUUUGGAGGGGUGGUCUAUGCUGGCAUCGACACUGACAAGCACAAGUAUCCCAUAGGGUCAGGCCGUGUCACCUUCAACAACCAGCGCAGUUACCUGAAGGCUGUGACUGCUGCAUUUGUGGAGAUCAAAACCACCAAGUUUACCAAGAAGGUUCAGAUCGACCCAUACCUGGAGGACUCCAUGUGCCAAGUGUGCAAUGCCCAGCCUGGCCCAUUCUUCUGCAGAGACCAGAUCUGCUUCAAGUACUUCUGCCGCUCGUGCUGGCACUGGCAGCACUCCAUGGAGGUCCUGCGCCACCACCGCCCGCUGAUGCGCAACCAGAAGAACCGGGACUCCAGCUAAGGGGCCGCCGGGCCCGGGGCUGGCACGGGCAGAGUCCUGGGAGAGCCUGCCACGAGGAGAGCGCAGCGGCGCCCGCCGGAGCCAGGCCCGGCUGGGAACGUUCUUCCUGAGGACUGAUGGGGAAAAAACAAAAAUCUUACAUUCAUGUUUGCACUUGCUGGUCUUUUUGUUUCUGCACUAAUGCACAGUGAGUUUUGUUGGGGUUUGUUUGGGGGUGUUUUGAGGGGGGGAGUGCCCCUCAAGCCAUUCUGCAGUUCCCAGACUUUGGUUCCUGGUUUGCUGACGAGAAGCAAAAAUUGAAAACUAAUAAACCCAACCAACCAAGGGCCAUGUGUCGCGGAGGCGUCGCAGCAGGCGCCUCCGCCCUGGUUUUUUUAUUUUUUAAAGGCGCUUUUUUACAUUCCUUGCAAUACUGGUGGAGAGAGCGCAGGUCUCAUUGGUCAUUGUUUUGCCGUUGCCAUACAGUGCCUUUCCAUUCAUUUACCCCCACCUGGAUGGUGUGACCUGGGUGUUCAGCUGGCGUUUUUUACUGUAACAACAAGGAGACUUUGCUCUUCAUUUAAACCAAAUCAUAUUUCAUAUUUUACGCUCGAGGGUUUUUACGAGUUCCUUUUUACACUCUUAAAAACAGUUUUUAAGUCGUUUGAAAUGAGAGAUUUUUUUCUUUUCCUGGCAGCUUUUAACAUUAUUGCAAUUUGUGUCUGGGGGCUGAUGGCAGGACGUUGUAAAUCCAGGGGUUUGCAAC